AUGUUCGAACUUUCUAUAGCAGCUUGUCUGCUUUCCGUUAUCGGCGCUUCUACUCAGUCAGUCAUCUACAGUGGACAGGGAUUCGCUACUGAAUACUAUGAUGUCAAGGAUCCCCAUGUCUGUGGCUGGUCAUACGAUUCCAUGAACCAAGGCAACGUUGCGUGCAAUCCAACGAUUGGACUCUCCCUCGAGAAGAUAAGCUCUAAUUAUCUGGUUGCAAUGAACAACACCCUACUUCAUACAGACUUGUCUCUAUACUGUGGCAAGAAGGUCGUUGUCUCUGUCAACGGGAAACCGUCCUCCCUGCCUCUUUUUAUCGGAGACGGUUGUGGGCGCUGCAGUUCGGGCCCUUCAACUAGCAGAACGUGGAAUCCAAGCGCCGCACCGGGUAUUGACCUCAGCCACGAAGUGCUUCAAGAGCUGUCCAGAGACGCUUGUCACGCUGGCCACGUAGAGAUUUCAUGGGAGGUUUUUGAUGAGCAGGUUUAUGAGUUUGAUGCCCUUACGUCAAGCACUGCUGAGGUCACCAUUGCUCAGCCUUCGCCUGCGUCCGAGGCUCAGACUUGGAUGGCAACAGGCUCAUUUGCUAGCUAUACUCGCGGCCCAUGCAUGACCUGUGUGGACAACGCCUGGAAAUGCGAUGGUAAUGUGCUUGAGCAGUGCAUCGGCAAUACCUGGACCCCACGUGUUACAUGUGCGGUGGGUACCAGUUGUCAAGGCGGUUCAAACCCGUACUGCGCCUAA